AUGGUCGGCAAGUAUGAUGGUCCUAAUGAUGAUUCUACAUGUUUUUCGUGUAUAUCUCACCGGCUCAAUGUAAUCGACCCUCGCGAAUGCGACUUGGGUUACAGGUGUGGUUCUGGCAGUAUUGACCGCAUCUUUUGGCGUAACCUCAAUUACAUCGACCCUCGGCACCAAAUUGGUUAUAGGGCGGUCCAAAUUGUAACAGGUGUACCUGAGGCUAUUCCUGUAAUAGGAUCGCCUUUGGUAGAAUUGUUGCGCGGAAGUGCUAGUGUGGGACACCUUGACUCGUUUUUCUAG